AUGACAGUGUGGACACAGUCUCUGGUCCUGUGUCCUGUUGUUUGUUUGGGUUUCCCAGUGAUCAUUGGAGUUUUACUGAGGUCUGACAGUAUUGUUCUAGCAGGUCCAGGAUCUGUCGUAAGCUGUCAACAGAAGCAGAUCAUCUGCACACAGAAGACAGUGGCGGUAAUAGUCCUGAGGAGUGAACGGCCAUCAAACAAGAAGAAAAUCAGUUCAAAAUCGAAAGCAAAAACAUCCAUAACAACUCGCCAUUUCAUAGUCUCAGACUGUCGUCAAACAAACACAAAAUACACGGUAACCCCUGUUCCAGCUGAACCACUCACCCCAGUCACAGCUGACUGGGUAAGGAUCAGGACUUUCCGCAGAAAGUGGAGUGAACUACGGUGGUCACAACCCCAUCGAGUAACAGCUCGCACCUCACACUGUGUGCAACUACAAGGAAAGGGAGAUACUUGGUUCCAUUUAACAUCCUGUGUAGCUUGUGACCCCCCUUCUAGGUCUCUUGCUGACACUGGUUUGGACCUGAGGACUCAGGUCCAAGAGAGGGAGGAUACAGAGAGUGACGGUAAAACAGACACUGAAAUUGCCACUGGACAACACCAACAGCUCCAAAUUAUACACAAAAUAGGCGAUAUUUUCACAAGCCCACACACAGAACCAUUGGCCCAUUGUGUAAGUGCUGACUGUGCCUACGGAGCAGGUAUAGCUAAACAGUUCAAACGGCGAUAUGGUACAGGGAAAGUAAUUGAUCAAAACAAACAACCAGGUGAAUGUGCAGUAACUAAAGAAGAAGAUGGCAGAAUUAUUUUUCACCUAAUAACUAAAGAACAAUGUACUGAUUUACCAACAUAUGACUGUUUCACAGAAAGCCUAAAACACAUGAGAGGUUGGUGUGUGGCUAAUAGAGUAAAAAGAGUCUCAGUACCCCGGCUGGGGUGUGGUCUAGAUAAACUAGACUUCAAGAAAGUGCAAAAGAUUCUGAGUGAAGUGUUCACGGACGUGGACAUACAAAUAACCAUUUAUUCCUUAUAAUCAAGUUUUCAUUAUUGUGUGAUUUUGAAUGUUUUUCAAGCAUUGUUUUUCAAUGUGUUUAAUGUUUUUUUUUUUUAAGAGUGUUUUCUUACAAGUUUUAAGGUAUUAAGGUUGUGGGAAGUGUUGAUUAUAAAAAAAAAACAUUUAAAAUAUAAUAAUUUUAUUAAUAACAAGACAGUACUAGAGAAGGUGAAUACAACAGCAACAAGAUGAAGUUGUGGGAAAAUAGGAAGUUGUUGUGUGUGUUAGGGAUAAUUGCAGGAACCAUUGUAGGGAUAAUUUUUGGAAUACAAAAAAGUCAGGAAGGUAAUAGCACCACACCACAAACUAGACAUAGAAGGUCAACAACAUCACAGGACGAGUGCUUAAAGAGAUAUGGAGGAAUAGAGAUAGAAUACACGAAAGGGAGUAGCACAUCAUAUACAUUUGAUUUGUGUAGUGUUAUCCAAUGCAAAGGGAUGAAUAGUUCAUGGCGAGGAUAUGAUGUUUACCUGUGUGGGCUAGGAUGGCCGGGUAAUCAAAGAUGGUGCCCCACUUGGGCUCAUGUAUGGCAAGCCACUAAUCCAGAUUUUUAUGGAACCACAGAAAAGAAGACCACGAACGGUGAAUUGAAAGUGGCAGGGCACUUUAGGAUACAAAGAGAUUUUAGUCACACACAAAAUCCUAUAACCCUAUCUAUAGUAGACUUAAAACAAGAUGUAUACAGAACAAAAGCAAGUGGUGUACCAAACCAGUGUUGGACUACCACGGAGGGACAAUUUUAUGUACUGGUGGGAGUGGAUGUGACUGGAAAAGAUCCAUUAGGUCUGGUAAAAAUUACCCUGAAGGAAAAACCAGUAAAUGAAACAACAACCUCAUCAAAACCAUUACCAGUGAAAAACCCAAAGGGUGAAGUAAUAGAAAUUGACUAUACCAAAUAGGAGUUUUCUUAGCUAUAUUGAUUACCUGUGGAUGUUGUUGUAUUCCCUGUAUUAGAUCACUGUGCAAUAGGUUAAUUGUUACAGCUAUUGAAAAGAAAGAAUCUCCACCCCCAUACAGUAUGCCUUUGUUAUCAAGUGAUCUAGCAGAAGAUGAAGGAGAUGAUGAUGUGUGACCUCUUACGAGGUCAAGAGAGGGAAUUGUGGAAAUAUUAUUCAGUUAGAAGUAUGAUUUAAUUACCAAUAUAAUCAAUAAGUGUUUUCUUUCAUUAAAUCAUUAAGCUGUGUGCUUUUAUCAUGUGCUUGCUAUUUUACUCAGAGUGAAACCACAAAAGAGGAACAAGCUCUGUGUGUAUGUGCAGAAACAGAACAGCUUGUUUUGACAAGUCUAACUAAGUCAGCACACACACCCAAAGAGUCACACAGAGAAAGAAUGUUAUGAAUUAAUCCACUGCAUAUGUUUUAAGUAUAAUCAUGAGUUUUGAUGUGUUUUAUUGAAUCAUAGGAUUAAGAAACAACGCUGCAUAAUUAAAGCAUUAGAGGAUUGAGUUUUUUUCUGAAAGUAUGUUGACAUGUUGUCUUGCCACAUGAAACUGUCUCUAGGGGACACUUCCUGAAACUAGCAACUGACCGCAGGGUGCAAAAGAUGUGUUGCAAAAGAUGUUGUUUUACAGAAACUGGUGAAAAGGAGAUGGAGUCAGAAUAAACGUGGUUCACGGUGAUUGGUUGCUAAGGAGCAAUACUCCCUAGAGACAAAGGAGGAGUCAGAAGAUGAGAACGACGUCAAAUACUGAAUAAAUAUGUGUGUUUUUGAAUAAUCUGGGUUGUUGGCUUUUGUGAGAGAGUGGAGAUUUACUGACAACCCAAAGCUUUGUUACUCCUUUUUACAUCUGAUAAUAAACGUCUAAUCGAUUUUGGAGAAUGUCUCUGUGCAAAUUUUUGAACAUGCAGGACUGCCUCAAAAGUCCAACAAAAGGCAGUAUCUGUUUAU